UCAUAGAGAGAUAACCGAGGCCAUUACACGCUAUCUGGCAAAGGAUAUGGUUCCGAUCGCCACAGUCGGGAAACCAGGGUUUUUGCACCUGAUGAAUACCAUCGACAAACGGUACAACAUUCCCUCUCGAACCUAUUUUUCACGCAUUGCUAUCCCCCAAAUGUACGAGCAUACUCGCGACCGUGUCAUGUUGGAACUGAGAGAUGUCGAACAUUUUGCGUGUACAACGGACCUCUGGUCCAGUAGGACAACAGAGCCGUACAUUAGUUUAACGGUUCACUUUAUUGACAAAGCCUUUAAGAUGAGAAGUCUGUGCUUACAGACAGCAUAUUUCCCUAGUGAACACAGUGGGGAAAACAUAGCGCUGGGACUGCGAGAGGCUUUGUCUGGCUGGAAUUUGAAUGAGGCGCGUCUAGUGUGUUUUACCACUGACAACGCAACCAAUAUGAUCAAAGCGGCGGAAAUAAAUGGUUGGCCCCGACUACAGUGCUUCGGGCACAGACUGCACCUUGCUAUUGAAAAUGCAGUCAAAUGUGACACACGCAUCAGUCGUGCUCUAGGAGUGUGCAAAAAGUUAGUGGGACAUUUUUCCCAUAGCUGGAAAAAGAAAGAAGCGCUAAAGAAAGCACAGAGAGAGCUUAACCUGCCAGAACAUGGUCUGAUCACAGAGUGCCCUACACGAUGGGGCACUAAGCAACAAAUGAUGGAAAGGAUCCUGGAACAGCAGAGGGCUCUGUCACAAGUUCUCUCUGAAAAUCGGAGUACAAGACAUCUGGUUCCAUCUUGGCAGGACAUUGAGGUCCUUGAGUCCGUAAACAAGGCAUUGAAGCCACUUCAAGAUUUUACAGAUGCUUUGUCUGGGGAAGAAUACGUGAGCAUUUCCUAUCUACUUCCAGUUCUUCGUUUACUGAACAUACAAACCCUUGCUGCUGACGAGGAAGACACAGAGCUGACAUGCUCAAUUAAAACCAAAGUGCUGGGCUACAUGGAGGCAAAAUAUGAGGAUCCUGCAACCCAAACUCUCUUGAACAUUGCAACUUUUUUAGAUCCAAGAUUCAAAAAAGACUACAUUCCUAAGGAACAAUGGGAAGAAAUUAGUUUAAGGAUAAAAUCAGAAAUGAAGGAGGCACAACCUGCUGUUGCCAUAUCAUCAUCAUCAUCAGUGGGUGCUGCUGUGUCAGGUGCUGAGGCUGAGCCAUGUCAAAGUGCCACAGCCACAAGUACAAAGAGGAUGAAGAAGUCUUUAGGAAGUCUCUUACAGACCUCAGUCACAUCUCCCUCUGAAUCCUCUGACCAUGCAACCAUUGAAGCAGAAUUUAACAGCUACAUUCUGAUCCCCAAAAUCCACAGUGAGCAGGACCCUUUGGCAUGGUGGGGAAUUCACAAGGUAAAUUUCCCCCACUUAAGCAAGCUGGCGGAAAAAUAUCUUUGUGUGCCUGCCACUAGCACACCAUCUGAAAGACUUUUCAGCACAUCAGGCAAUGUAGUUACAUGUCAGCGUGCAUCCCUGAAACCAAACAAAGUGGACAUGCUGGUUUUCUUGUCCAAAAAUCUUUAACAAUUUUAGCAUGAAUGCUAAAAUCUGACUUGGCAAAAACAAAACAAAAAGAGAGCAAAGAAGUAACUCCACUGUUUCUCAAGUGUUUUUGUUUACUUGAAUGUUCAUGUUUUCAGGUUGAUGUAGGCCUAACUAUAUAGUGGAGCAAAGUAUUAGUGAUAUUUUUAUUUUCUGUUUGUUUACAUUUUUAAAAUGUAAUUUUAACAUUUAAAUGUAAUGUUAAAAUGUAAUUUGUGUUAAUGCAACAUAAAAAAAAACUGCUGUUGUUCACUUUCAAAAGUUGUAGUGA